AUGCUGGGAAGAUCGGUGACAGUGCCCGCAUACUUCAACGACUCCCAGCGCCAGGCUACGAAGGAUGCUGGACGGAUUGCGGGACUGGAGGUGCUGCGCAUCGUAAAUGAGCCCACGGCAGCGUCGCUGGCAUAUGGCCUUGAUAAGAAGCACAAUGAGACGAUCCUGGUGUUUGAUCUUGGCGGCGGCACCUUCGACGUCUCCGUUCUGGAGGUAGGUGAUGGCGUGUGUGAGGUUCUGGCCACACACGGCGACACACACCUUGGCGGCGAUGACUUCGACAAGGUCAUCGUGGACUGGCUGGCAGAGGAUUUCAAGAGGCGCGAGGGCAUCGACCUCCUGAAGGACAGACAGGCCUUGCAGCGUCUCACAGAGGCAGCGGAGAAGGCCAAGAUGCCCUUCAUAACUGCUGAUGCAUCCGGCCCCAAGCACAUUGAGGAGACCUUGUCCCGUGCCAAGUUCGAGCAGCUUGCUAGCAAGCUCAUCGCACGAUGCAGGACGCCGGUGGAGAGCGCGCUGAAGGAUGCCAGGCUCAGCGCCAAAGACGUUGACGAGAUUGUGCUCGAAGGCGGCUCCACGAGGAUCCCGGCCAUUCAAAGCUUGGCUUCCGAGCUGGUUGGCGGCAAGAAACCCAACCAGAGCGUGAACCCAGAUGAAGUGGUGGCGGUGGGAGCCGCAGUGCAGGCUGGGGUGCUGGCUGGAGAUGUGAAGGACAUCGUGCUGCUGGAUGUGACUCCCCUGUCGCUGGGUGUGGAAACGCUGGGUGGCGUGUCCACCGUGCUGAUCCCCAGGAACACCACCAUCCCCACGAAGAAAUCGGAGGUCUUUUCAACAGCCGCUGACUCCCAGCCUUCGGUGGAGAUUGUGGUGCUGCAGGGCGAGCGGCAAUUUUCCAAGGACAACAAGAUCCUGCGCACCUUCCGGCUGGAGGGAGUGCCGCCUGCACCUCGUGGUGUGCCACAGAUUGAGGUGACCUUUGACCUGGACGCCAACGGCAUCUUGAACGUGUCUGCCAAAGACCGGGCCACGGGCAAGGAGCAGACCAUCACAAUCGCCGGCUCCUCCACUCUGGACAAGACCGACGUAGAGAAGAUGGUGCAGGAUGAGGCCCACGCAGCGGAGGAUGGGAAGCACAAGGCCGUAGAGACCAAGCGCGGAGAGCUUGGUGUACCAGACGGAGAAGCAGCAGGGCCAGCAUUGAUCCCAAGCUGCAGGCUCUCAAGGUGGCGGAGGCCGAGCCGGAGCCGGAGCAGCUGA